AUGGCGAAAAAGAAAAUAGUUUAUGGCACAAGAUCAACAGCAACUGGAACAGAUGCUGAUCUAUAUACAUUGAGCAUGGAAGCUGCAAAAGAGCUUUUAUUGAUCUUGUUGGCUACAUUUGGAGAAAACGAUGUUGAUCAUAGCUGUCGAGAUAUAUUAUCUGCUUCAAUUUUUUAUCUACAACAGUUGGUGGGCAGAAACCAUAGAUUGCUUCCAUCAGUUGUCUCUACACUGCCUCUUCUGCUUCUUUUUGGUUCCUCCUCCAUAGAUAUGGAAUUUUCAUUUGGUCUUGGGAUAUCUUUGCCAUUGCUUUUAUCAAAGAUUCAUUGCUCCGUUGAAGCUAAUUCUGCCUGGAAAUGGUAA